UCGCAAGCGUCUUCUCCAUCUGGUUCAACACGAGAACAAAAAAAAAAAAAAAAAAAGGGAAGAAAAGUCCUCUCUCUCUCUCUCUGUAUAUCUAUGCAUACAUACAUACAGGUUGAGAGAAAAACUCGUGUCAACACUUGGCAAUCGCAGAGCGGCGUUUCGCAGAGUUCCAAUUCUCCAGGCGGUGGAUCCUCUGCUCGCCACGCCAACGCUGAGCUCUCUCUCUCUCUCUCUCUCUGUACUCAUCGCCAUUCGGAGCGGAGGCAUCUGAAAGCAGUUAAAAGGCCGAACUAAGAUUCGGUAUCUUUUAAGUCGUUCUGAUUCUGAUUUGACAGCUCCAAACCCCCGAUAAACCAGAUCAGACUUGUAGUGGCGGGGGCUCGGGCGGGGGGCUCGGUUUUUCAUAUUUUCUCAAGCGUUUGGAGUCUCUGUGUGCUACUGUUCACCUGAUUCCUGCCUUCAAUACCCUAGGCGUUAGAUUUUUUUGAAGUUUCUUCUCCUUGGCAGUUGAUUGGAGAAAGUUGUUGAAGCUCUGUCGGGGAUUUCGUUGAAUGAUCGUCACAGCUACGUGGCAUUUCUAGGCGCAGAAAGGUUCGGUUUUAGAAGGACGCUUAAAAGCUUUGUUUUUAGGAGGAUUAAAGUAUAAGCUCGCUUUCGAGGUGGAAUUUGAACUUUGUUUGAAGCUGAAGGCACUUCUCAGCUGCGUAUUUAUAUGUAGUUGUCCAUAGAAGUUUGGAUUUAUAGAGGAACAUGGUUGAUGAACAGGGGGGCCUGUAAAGAUUUGGAAGUUUCAGGAUUUGAGGGCUUUGAGUUUUACAGGGGGAGACGCAAUUUGGGUUGUCGAUAUAUAGAGAUAUAGAUUUAUAAUUAGUCGACAUGGUUUCUGGAAAUCUAUUCCACUUUAGGAAGAACUCUUGGCCACCAGAGGAAUAUAUCAGCAGAAACACUUUACACUUGCUUGAUUUUGAUAGUGCUUCCCCACCAGAACAAGCUUGGAGAAGGAAAUUAAACAGCCAUGCAACCAUUCUUAAAGAAUUUAGUGUUACAUUUACAGAAGCAAUAAAAAUGAUGCGGCUUGGUAUACGCAUGUGGUCCUAUGUAAGGGAAGAGGCUUCCCAUGGAAGGACGGCACCUAUUAAUCCUUUCAAACGGGAGAGUUGCAAGCCAUCAGCAACUCAAGGGGUCCCACUUGGAGGAAUGGGAAGUGGUAGCAUAUCCAGAGGUUUUAGAGGCGAGUUCAGGCAUUGGCAAAUUGUUCCUGGUACUUGUGAGGCUUCCCCUGUCAUGGCCAAUCAGUUCUCUAUUUUUGUAUCUCGGGAUGGAGGGAACAAGAGUUAUGCAUCGGUUCUAGCUCCAGGCCAGCAUGAAGGACUAGGGAAAUUGGAUGAUCAGGGCAUAUCAUCAUGGGGUUGGAAUUUGAGUGGUCAGCACUCCACAUAUCAUGCUCUAUUCCCAAGGGCAUGGACUAUAUAUGAUGGUGAACCUGACCCAGAGCUAAAAAUAUCCUGUCGCCAAAUAUCGCCAUUCAUUCCUCAUAAUUAUCAAGAUAGUAGUCUUCCUACUGCUGUUUUUGUAUAUACGUUGGUGAAUACUGGGAGGGAAAGGGCAAAAGCUAGCCUUCUUUUUACCUGGGCGAACUCAAUUGGAGGAAUCUCACACCUAUCAGGAGACCAUGUGAACGAACCAUUCAUUGGCGAAGAUGGAGUCUCUGGAGUACUUCUGCAUCACAAGACUGCAAAAGGGAACCCUCCUGUUACUUUUUCCAUUGCUGCAUGUGAAACGCAGAACGUGAAUGUUACUGUUUUGCCAUGCUUUGGUCUAUCUGAAGGAAGCAGUGUUACUGCAAAAGAUAUGUGGGGUAAAAUGGUGCAGGAUGGGCACUUUGAUCUGGAGAACUUUAAGACUGGUCCUAGCAUGCCGUCAUCACCUGGAGAAACUCUUUGUGCUGCGGUGUCUGCUUCUACAUGGGUUGAACCUCAUGGAAAGUGCACUGUUGCAUUUGCUCUCGCAUGGUCAUCCCCAAAAGUAAAAUUUUUGAAGGGAAAAUUAUACCACAGGAGGUAUGCUAAAUUCUAUGGCACUUCUGAAAGAGCAGCUGCAAACCUGGUUCAUGAUGCACUAAUGAAUUAUAAACGCUGGGAAGAAGAAAUUGAGAAAUGGCAAGCUCCCAUCCUGAGUGAUGACAGGCUACCAGAAUGGUAUAAAUUCACAUUGUUUAAUGAGCUGUACUUUUUGGUUGCUGGUGGUACAGUGUGGACAGACUCUGCCAUACCUGUAGUUGAUACAGGAAGUUAUCAGCAUCGAUCAACAAGGAAGAACAGGAAAGUCAAAUUAACUGAAACAAAAGUGGAAUGCAAAAAUGGUUUGCUUGUUGAGCAUUCAACAGUUGGUACUUUUGAUAGCAAUGCAGGAAAUUGUUCAAAUGAUAAUGACGAAAAAACUCUUACGGGGGAUGAAGAAGAUGAGUGCGCGAUUUCUCAUAGAAAAGAGGACCAGGAUUGUCUAUGUACUGUGUCGGGUCUGCAUAGUGAUGCUGAUAAUGUGGGUGGGUUCCUGUACUUGGAAGGUGUAGAAUAUAUGAUGUGGUGUACAUACGAUGUGCACUUCUAUGCAUCUUACGCCCUUCUUAUGCUAUUUCCGAAAAUUGAACUCAGUAUUCAACGAGACUUUGCAAAAGCUGUUUUAUGUGAGGAUCGGGGAAAAGUAAAGUUUCUAGCGGAGGGAAACUGUGGACUUCGCAAAGUCAGAGGAGCUGUGCCUCAUGAUUUGGGAACUCAUGAUCCAUGGCAUGAAAUGAAUGCAUAUAAUAUACAUGAUACAAGUAAAUGGAAGGAUCUGAACCCAAAGUUUGUACUUCAGGUGUACAGGGAUUUUGCUGCAACAGGAGAUUUAUCAUUUGGAGCCGAUGUCUGGCCUUCUGUUUGUGCUGCAAUUAAUUACAUGGAUCAAUUUGAUCGGGACAAUGAUGGCCUUAUUGAGAAUGAUGGAUUCCCAGAUCAAACAUAUGAUACUUGGACGGUUCAUGGUAUAAGUGCUUAUUGUGGUGGUUUGUGGCUUGCUGCUCUCCAAGCUGCAGCUGCAAUGGCCAUUCAACUUGGUGACAGGGACUUUGCAGAAAGAUGCAAAAGUAGAUUUGUAAAGGCUAAAUCAGUAUUUGAAGCAAAAUUGUGGAAUGGUUCAUAUUUUAACUAUGACAGUGGAUCAAGCAGUAACAGUAAAUCCAUCCAAGCUGAUCAAUUGGCAGGGCAAUGGUACGCAGCAUCUUCGGGUUUGCCUGAUCUAUUCGACCAUUUCAAGAUCCGUAGUUCUCUCCAAAAAGUCUAUGACUUCAAUGUUAUGAAAAUAAAAGGAGGCAGGAUGGGUGCUGUAAAUGGCAUGUAUCCCAACGGGAAGGUGGAUGAAACUUGCAUGCAGUCACGUGAAAUAUGGACUGGAGUCACAUAUGGUGUGGCAGCGACCAUGAUCCUUGCGGGAAUGGAGAAUGAGGCAUUCACCACUGCUGAGGGUAUAUUCACCGCAGGCUGGUCAGAGGAAGGAUACGGGUACUCUUUUCAGACACCAGAAGCAUGGACCAUGGACGGACAUUUCCGAUCCCUGAUAUAUAUGAGGCCGCUCUCAAUUUGGGCCAUGCAAUGGGCACUGUCAUUGCCUAAGGCUGUUCUCAGGGCCCCUGAGAUCAACAUAAUGGACAGAACCAAUGAAUCUCCUCCUCAUAGUGCAAGAUCUUCCCACAAUGAGACUGCUACUGGUGUCAAAAAGAUCGCAACCAAAGCCAAGUGCUUCAGCAAUUCUGUCUUUCACUGUGCAUGCUGACCAUCCACUUGUGAGGUUCUAUCUUUUGUAAAUUUUUUGCAAUAAAAAAUCUUUUUCCUUUGACCCUCUUGAAAAGAAGGAAAAUGUCAAGGGAAUAAGAAAUUAUGCGUUUCAUUCUUUUGCUUGUAGCCACUUUAAUCUGCUGCAGUUAUUAAGGCAGGCGUAUACAUUCUCAAUUUCCUAGGUUUCUUAA